CCGAGGGAUCAUCGAGCCCGGAUGUUUCUCGCCGAAAUUUCCAACAUCUGGUGGUGCUAUUUUGCGCCGUAUGAUGCGGGCCGAGAGUACCCUUGAUUCAACGCAACUGUGCAGUGGAGAUUGGAGCAUGUAAGAUGGAGAUGGAGAUUGAGAUAUAUAUUCAGGCCGGGAAUGGAGUGCAUCCAGCAGAUGAUUUAAACUCACGCCACCGGACCGUCGCUUAAGCGCUGCAGCCUCACGGCGGCGAAUUCCGAAGCCGCCAUCACUCGUCAAUGAUUCAACAUCCAUCAAUGAUCCAUCACUCCAUCAGUGACGUCCCUAGUCACUCUUCGGCAAGGCGUGACCCUCCUAGGAACAAACCACCACGCGCCUGAGAUGGCGGCCGCGAAUCCUGCUCUGAUACCCCGAAACCAGGCGCGCCGAAUCCGCGUCAUGAUGAUCACACUCCCAAUCGUCGUUUUCACCGGAUAUACGCUCUUCACGCGCAUUGCUGGCGAUGAGAGGAAACCACCUGAAAAGAACAGUGGGAGCCCCAGUGUGGAGAAACGGGUUUCAACGCCGUAACUCGGCUCCACGCGCCAUGCGCAUCAGAUUGUCAAUGUUGCUCCAAAUAAGCGCUUCUCUGAGCUCCAAUCUUAUUCGUUUCCUUGGAUCCAUAUUGCUGAACAACGCAGAGCCGACGAGACGGCCUGCUGGAACUGACAUCAUUUGUGUGCUUCCCAUGAAACCUCAUUCCAUGCCUAAUUUCGUGAGAGUGGACGUGUCUCGAUCGUCGAUCACCGCCAAACGGUCCAUGGGGCACGCACCCAGUGCUGCCUACACGCUCUUCUGAUGAGGGCCAGUGUGAUCGCGAGUUUCGCAAGAAAUUGUGGUUCAGGGAGUUGUACAUGAAUGUGUCGUUAAGUUAUGAUACAGUUAUGCGGCUUUGCAGUUCAGCUGCAACGGGGGUUCCAUCGUGCCUGCUUGGACCGAUGAUCUUUGGCGUGCUGAAUCGCAGUUCAGGCGGGGUUCUUCUUGGCGCCGUUCUUCGAAGCAGUGCCUGGAUGGAACGCACGAUCAGCUCACCGAAUCCAUAGCCGAUUCCACAAAGACAGGACGUCGCGAGGGUGCGAACGACGCCUCACGGCGGCUCAGGAGAAACGAGGUGAAACACACCUUCAGUGGGGUGCGCGCCUUUUACGCCAGCCUCGACGCCGGUCUUGCUGAAGGGUCCGGAAGGCGGCUCGUACGGCUUCUGGACGGUGUCUGACGACGGGUCGACGCGGUACACUUUGGGGUCGACAGCAGGCGUCUGGUCGACCUC